AUGAUCUCUGAUGUUAUUAAUUACUCUGUUUUUAUUUUAUUUUCAGGAUGCACAGACGAUCGGAUCUUUGAGACAAGGACUGUUGGUGUUGGACAAAAUGUCACUCUAACAUGUGCUCGCCAGCAAACUUGGCUAUCAACAUACUUAUUUUGGAUCAGGCUUGCUUCUGAAACCUUCCCUGAAAUAUUAGGAGGAACAUUAGCCCAUGAUUACAACGUUGAGAAGGAGACUCGUCGCAUUACAACAAAACAAGAACCUGGAACAUUUGUCCUGCAUAUUAGCAAAACACAGUUCAACGAUACUGCAGUCUACUACUGUAUAAAAGUGAGAAAUAGCAACAUGACAUUUUCAAAAGGAAUAUUUCUGAGAAUUAAAGGACCAGAACCUGAUAUCACUGCCGUCACUCAAGACUUUCCAUCUGAUCCAGUCCGUCCAGGAGACUCAGUGACUCUGCAGUGUUCAGUCCUCUCAGACUCUAAGAAGAAAACGUGUCCAGGAGAACACAAUGUGUACUGGUUUAAAGCCGGAUCAGAUGAAUCUCAUCCUAGUUUAAUUUAUGCCCAAAGAAACAACAGUGCUGGAUGUGAGAAGAGUCCUGAAGCUCACUCUCCACAGAAAUGUGUCUACAGCUUCACUAAGAACAUCAGCUCCUCUGAUGCCGGGACUUAUUACUGUGCUGUGGCCGCAUGUGGGGAGAUCUUAUUUGGAAAUGGAACAAAACUGGACAUUGAAGAAACCGUCUCGUGGUACUUUGGUGACAGUAUAUUUCUCUAUAUGCUGUGUGCUGUCUUGGCUAUAAGUGUGAACGUUGCAGCCGUGAUUAUUUACGCCCUCAAGACGAACAAGUGUGAUUAUUGCAGUAAUGAAGCUGCUGUUUCUCUGCUUGAAAAUGCUGCAAAAAGGAAUUUAAAGAGAAAUGAAGACAGAUGGAUUUAUUCUACUGUCGUCUUUACCGUGAUGAAAACUGGCAGUGAUGGAAUGAGGGAUGCAAAAGCAGCGGAGAGGGAGAGGAUCUAUUCUGCUGUCAAGGCUUUUGGGUUGGAUUAGCAUGAGGGUGGACUGUUUAACAUCAGUUGGUACCAUAAGUGAAAGCUGAUGUUCUCUUUUUUUAAAGGUAAAGGCUGUUUUAUGUGGCUACUAUAGUGUUGUGCAUAUGAUGUAUAUAUUGAUUUAAUGUUUUGUUCUCAUGCUUACAUUUAAGACUAGUUGGUUGAAUUUAAACUGUUAAUUACAUCGCUACUGUUGCAUUAUGUAUGUUGGACUUAAAGUUUUUGUCACACACACUUUCUGUGUUUGUCAACUUGGGUAAUUUUUUGUCUUUUACCUUGUCGUCUUUACCGUCAUGAAGCAUUUUUAAAAUAAGAGUUCUACCAAAAGUGGUAAUUCAUUCUAACUAUGAUGUGGGUGAAAUUGAAUGUGUAACGUGGUCAUGGGAAAUCCGAACAUGUAGCAAGGGUGAAAGUUGAUGCUUAUAAAUAGAAAAUACUCAAUAAUUCAAAGUUUCAUUCCACUGUUGGUUUAAUUGACUACCUAAUACAUUGGCUUAAGAAAAUAUGAUAUUCUAACUGGAGUGUUUAAUUGUUUUUAUCAUAACUGUUGUGGCGCUUGUUAAUGAAAUGCAUUACAGGAAAUGCUACUGCA